AGAAAGAAGGAACACAUCACUUCACUCAUCCACUCUUCUUCUCCCUCCGUCGCGCGCGCUCUCUCUCUCUCUCUCCUGUACGACAGAUCACAUGCCAAUGCAGACACCUUCAGAGCCUCCCAUAUUCUCACCCCACAUGGAAGACAUCUGACCCACCUCCACAGCCAUACCUCUCUCUCUCUCUCUUAAUCAGAGAGUAAAACGUGUGUGCCAACUCUGAAACUCUCGUCACUCUUGGCAUAUUAGCUUAUAGAGAUAUUCCCUCUUUUAUGGUAGAUAAAUGGGUGCUUGAAUCACUGGUCUCAACAUGUUGAAGAGAAGGGUUUUGAUCGAAUUCAAUUGCGAUGGAGGAGCUUGAAAUGAAUUCGCCACCCUAGGGAAGGUCGAUGAUGGAGAUUUUGGAUGUGGGGAUUUAAUUGAAGUGCAGAAUUAAUUAGUUGGAUAGAGGAAUUGACACGAAGAUGGCAGCAGCAAAGCUUCUACAGUCCUUGACGGAUGAAAACCCUGAUUUGCAGAAGCAGAUAGGAUGCAUGACUGGCAUCUUUCAACUCUUCGAGCGACACCACGCCCUCACCGGUCGGCACAUCAACCACAAGAGGCUUCCUUCGGGUAAUCUCCAACUGGGUAAUUCCCACUUCAACAAUGGUAGCCUGGAUAUGGAGUCAAAUAACACAUAUCUUUGUCCAGGUGCCAUGGGAAAAAAUUCAAAAGACAUUACGGAGAAACAAAGAGUCUCUACACAAUCACCCUCUUGCUCAUCUUCCUUGUCUCAACCAGAUCGCUCUUCCUUGGACCUUCGAGAUGCAGUCAAGGAUUCUAUGUACAGGGAAACAAGCCGUGUUGUGAAGCAUAAAUAUUCCCCAAGGCCUCUUCAGUCACCCAAAUCCAUGGAUAUGUUGUAUGGGAAGCAGAAUUUGCCUGUGGAUCUCAUGGAAUCUCUUACUGUUCUUGCUAGAUUUCGUGAAGCACCUUGCUAUUUUAAUGAAGCUAAAGAACUUCCAAGAUCAUUGCAUGAAGAUAGAGAUGGCUGUUUUCUUUCUGUUCCCAAGGAUGCUCCUCGAUAUUCUUAUGAUGGGAGAGACACCUUCAAAUCCACCCCAAAGCUUAAAGAGCUACCAAGACUUUCACUGGACAGCAGAGAAGUCUCUAUGCGGGGUUCCAUUAACUCUGUUUCAAAAUCAAAUUUCUUUUCAAGGAAUUUACAGAGGGAUCUACAACAAAUGUCUGGAACUCAAAGACGGCCUCCUGGCGUUGUAGCCAGAUUAAUGGGCUUGGAAGCAUUGCCAGAUUCCCGUUCGGUCACUGAUGAUUGUGAGAUGGGAAUGACCAAUGCUUGUCCAAUUGAUCAGGAUUGUGAUACCUUCUCAAGGUCAUCAAAAGCAAAUGAUCCUAUCCAAAUUUUGAACUCCCCAAAGAACUCAUGGAAGGACCCUAGGUGGAAAAAUUCUAAUUCGGUCAUGAGGCCCAUUUCAAAUUCAAAGUUUCCUAUUGAACCAGCGCCAUGGAGGAGGCAAAUAAAUGGGGAUCGAGUUUCUCAAAAGCCACAGUCAAGGCAUCCAAAAGGUCCAUCUAGGGUGCCAAAUUCCUUCCCUUCAGUUUAUAAUGAAAUUGAAAAAAGACUCAGAGAUCUUGAAUUUAAACACUCCGGAAAGGAUCUCAUAGCUCUCAAGCAGAUAUUGGAAGCUAUGCAGGCCAAGAUGCUUUUAGAAACCAGUAGAGAAGAGCAAGUCUCAAACUUUGUAACACAAAGAGAUUGUAUAAUUCCUAAUCAGAAUCCAAGACUGGUGGGCCAACGAAGCUCCCAGAAUGACCGUGUAAUUGCUUCGACAGUGAAGGGAGCAAAUUCUUCUAAGACUUCUGAAUCUCCAAUUGUGAUCAUGAAACCAGCAAAGCUAGUCAAGAAAUCUGAUAUUCCUCCUCCUGGAAUUUCUGUUGAUGACUUGCCUGGUGUCCAUAAACUUCGAGAUGGUGCAUUUACUUAUAGCAGCAAGAGUUUAGCUAAUAACCGAACAGGAAAAGAUCAGAGUCCUAAAAAUAGUUACAGAGAGUCAGCUGUUAGUUCAACUGACAAGAAAACCAACAUGAGGAAUUUAAGAUCAACACAAACUUCGGCAAAACCGCAGCAGCUUCACAAAGAAAACACCCCAGGCUUGAUAAAGAGCUCAGGAUCUGUGAGCCCAAGACUGCAGCAGAAAAGUUUAGAGCUGGAAAAGAGAUCUCGGCCGCCCAUCCCUUCUUCUGAUUGGAGCAAAGGCAGAAGGCAAUUCAAAAGGCAACCAAUAGAAUCUGGUUCCCCUGGUCGAAAACACAGGCCAAAAUCUCCCAACUUGCUGCUCAGAGAAGACCAGUCCAGUGAGGUCAGUAGUGAAUCAAGAAAUUUGAGCAACCAAGGUGAUGACAUUUCUGUCCAUUCAGAAAGCAUUAUAAUGUUGGACCAGAAGGAAGAUGUAGAUGUCAUCAAUACUGAACAAUCUGUCGAGGUCACUGGAAGCCCGAGUCCAUCUAGGGAGGUUGCCAAGUACUCACUUUCGGACAUAAAGCAGAAGACAUCGAGUCCAAGGUUGAAUGAAUAUGGAUCACAGGAUGAACUUGCUGCAAUUGCCCCUGAACAUCCCAGUCCUGUCUCUGUUCUUGAUGUCUCAGUGUAUCAAGAUGGUACACCAUCUCCUGUGAGAAAGACAGGAUAUGCAUUCAGAGAUGAUGGGACUCAAAAGAUUUCCAACAGUUACAAUGAAGAGCAUACGAACCUGUUGGAUAAUUUUUUAUUGAACAACAUGAGAUCUGAUCAUAACUCUCAAAUCAGUCGUAAGAAAUUACAGAACAUUGAAAACUUGGUUCAGAAGCUUAGAAGAUUGAACUCCAGUCAUGAUGAGACCAGCACAGAUUACAUUGCAUUGCUAUGUGAGAACGCAAACCCAGACCAUAGAUACAUCUCUGAGAUAUUGUUAGCUUCAGGACUCCUCUUGAGAGAUCUGGGCUCUAGCUUGACAGGCUUUCAGCUCCACCCUUCUGGCCACCCAAUUAAUCCCGAGUUAUUCUUUGUUUUGGAGCAAACCAAAGCAAACACACUGCUUUCAAAAGAACAAGACAGUCCUGGAAAGGUUGCCGAAUCAAAGCCUAACCAUGAAAAACUUCACCGGAAACUAAUAUUUGAUGCUGUCAAUGAGAUUCUUGUUGGGAAGUUAGGUUCAGUGAGCUCCUCUCUAGACCCAUGGCUAAAACCUGAAACAGUGGCAAGGAAGACCCCAAGUGCACAAAAGCUUCUCCGAGAAUUGUGCUUGGAGAUAGAGCAGCUUCACAGUAUGAAGUCAGAGUGCAACUUAGAGGAUGAGGCAGAUGGUUUGAAGAACACCUUGAGGGAGGACAUAACCCAUCGGUCUGAGAGUUGGACAAAUUUCUGUGUUGAGAUUCCCACUGUAGUGCUGGAUGUGGAGCGAUCAAUCUUCAAAGAUUUGGUUAAUGAGAUUGUGACGAGUGAGGUAGCUAGCAGGCAAGUUAAGCUCAGUCGGCAUUACAGCCGACUGUCGACGAAGUAGCAGUUUUCUUCUCACUUACCCAUGUAUUCGGUUUGUCCUUUUUGCAAUUCAUAUAUAUUUUUUAAUUGCUUUAAAGCAUAAUAAUUGUGUAGAAGAUUUUCAUUUCUUUUGCUGAAUUGUAAAGUUAAUAACCCUUCAAAAUAUUAAAACACACUUGAGAAA